CAUUUUUCUAUAUUGGGCUCUUGUUGGUAAAAAGCGGUGAUGUUAUCUUUUUUUUAUGUCGAUAGAUUAGUUCAAUUUAGAGGGACGUAAAUACUUGCGGUUGGGAUAACAUAGAUUACUGCUAUAGUAUCUAUGUUUUUAGAAAGUAAACUGGACUCGAGGAUAAUUAAGUUAACUCGAGGAAUUGCAUUACACUGCAGUUUUGGUAAAAACAUUUCACUAGAACAUGAUAUUAGAAGUGACACGACAGAAACUUUUCAAGAACCUCACUUUUUUAAGGGUUAUCUUUCAAACUGAAGAGUUGUUCCCGGUUGUUGCAAUUCCAGGUAACUAUGAGUGCAAUGUGAUCCCAUUAGAAAGCUUUACUUAAAAACCGCGAAAAUGAAAUCGCCCACAUCAAUCAAUCUAAUUUAGUAAAAUUCUAUUUAUAGUAUUGCAAAACACGAACAUCAAAAUAAUCGGUGACCGAAAAAAAAGAGAGAAAUUAAAAACACCCACACUUUUUUCUCCUGCCGUAUUAAAAGAAAAAAAAAACUUUCUCCACUCUUUGUUGAGAGUCAUCGGGUACGAUUUAAACUCAUGAUAUACUCGUCAAACUAUAGGAUGACGGUAUUUCAAAAGGUUUACACGUAAUCUUACAUGAUACCACAAAAAGCAUUUUUUUAACUAAUACUGAUAAUUUCCACUCGAUUGAGUUCACAAUGUCUAGAUCUUCAGUCUCUGUGGAAAUAUUGUGGAGCUCUGUUUUUAGCCGGGAGUAAAAAUAUACGAGUGAUAUGGUAAAUGCAUGAAUAAUUUACUCUAUGCAUGAAGCAAUGAUAUUUAAAAACGUUGUUCCAGUAUUGGCUUUUAUCGGAUUUAGUUUGUAAUAAGUAGGCGCCUACAUUAUGGCAUCAUUUUAAAACGUUUUUCGAGGGCGUGCACAAACCACUCGGAGCGAUCAGUAAAUGUUUCGAAACAACUGCCCAUAUAUAAAUCUACACUGUCACGGUGCUUUGCAAAUUUAAAACAUACAGAACUGAUUCUACUGGUACGGUUGAAUCGAAAGAGGAAUCGUCAUUGAUGCGGUUACGCUUCAAGCUUUUUUCUUAUAGUUGUAUUUUUAUUAUAAAUAGCAGCAUUUUCUAAAGGCAAUAUCUUGACCUGUGCACUCGGAAAGUAAUAUUUCUCUGAAACGCAUCGUCGCUGUAUUAGCCCGUAAUUGCUUUUUGGACAAUAGUAUUAUUUGACCUCCCCUUGUCCGAACGUUAAAAAGCCGUAUUUGUCGAAUGGCUGGCAAAAGUGUCAUGUCGUAUCAAGCGGAAACUGAACUUUAAAGAUAUUAAGGAUUGACAGCUUUCGUGUUUUGACGUGAAAUCAACUGUUUACGUAUGCCUGGCAUUUAAGGGGGCUAUUGAAAACUAUAUUUUUAUUUAAUUUUAGUUUUUGUUCGAGCGUCUCGUUUAAUAUAUUGUCCAAAUUGUGAAAACUGACGUUUACUUUUUGCGUGGCCAAUAUCUUUUCUUAAAAAAAGUUCAACCAUAUUGUUAAUUGUUAUACAUGUCAACAUACUGUUCAUAGCCGCUUGUCUAUUUUUCGAUUAAUUACAUAAAGAUAUGAUACGACAGUUCUCUGUGUGGUAAUAUAACUUGGAGUCAUAAUAGAUAUGACGAAAAGUAAUCAAUAUUAACUGAGUGUUAUCUUUUGGAAAAUUACCUCGCAAUUGUCUUUAAAAACGUUGGUUAUAAUGGUCUGGAUGUGAGAGAGAGCUGUUAAGAUGGCUGCCAGGGAAAAGGUUUUUUUAGACCCGUGUCUGCGUUUGAACUGACACCGAAUUUUAUUCGAGGUCAUCAAGUGAUGAUAUCACAAGUCAACCAUACUGGAGAUAUUCUCCGGAAAGGGCCUAAUAUCGAUGACUUUGCACUCGACCUUUAAAAAAGAGCAGGUAUAUGAUGCAAGCUUUUUGGCACCACAGAAAUAAGUCUCUUCAAGUGAAGAAUGAAGAUUAAGUUAUAUUGGACCAGUUGUUACCAAACCUUUACAGUAAACCAUGCCAAAGAAUCGGAAAAUGUUUUUGCCGUUAUGAAGGUGGAAAACAGUUUCAGGUUUGCCUUAGUCAUCCGCAUCUUUUUCUCUGGUGGAUAAUCAUGUUAUAGCGGUGGAUAGGGGUUUGUGCGUUAUAAAUAACCAUCAUAAGUGUCUACGCUUUCUGGUGAGUGUGUGACAUCACUAUAUAUUGCCCGGCAUCAAAUCGUGUUGAAGUCUUACCAGCGCGAAUACGCGACAACUUCAAUCUCCGCGCGAUAAUGGACGAAGAAACAAGCUCAGUUGUUCUCCUUCCCGAAGUGAAAGUAGAACCUAUGGAAAACGCCGAAAAUAACGGUGACAGUGAAGAAAGCUCGGUUGGAAGUCCAACAGACGAAAACUCGCUCCCGCGUUUUGGUGAAAGUUCAGAGGAAGACAUUCAGAGAUUGUUGGAGCAUCGCUCUUGCAGUGAAAAUACAUGGAGGUCUACAAAAAAUGCUGUGAAAAUUCUCCGCGACUACAUGGAGGAAAAAAGUAUGGAUGUGAACUUCGAGAACUUGGAUAAGGCAGCGUUGAAUGAUCUUUUGCGUAAAUUUUACGUUGAAGCCCGCAAAAAGAACGGCGAUUACUACAAGUCCUCUGCUCUGGGAAGUAUACGGUUUGGUAUCCUGCGGUACUUACAGUCACAACAGAGCAAUAUAGACAUAAAAAACGACCCCGAGUUUACCGAAUCAAACAAAAUUUUUAAAGCGCAGGUGGAGAAGCUUAAAAAGCAAGGCAAAGGCGAGGUAAAUCGUUCCGACAUUGGCCCAGAUGACUUAAAGAAACUUUAUCUAAGUGAUGUCUUGUCGCCAUUCAGCGCCGAUGGCUUGCAAAGGAAAGUGUUCUUUGAUCUGCUGAUGUAUUUGCCUGGAAAACGGAAUCGCAGUAACGUCAGGGAACAAACCCGAGACACGUUUCUCGUGGGCUAUGAUUCUUCUACUGGCUUGAAGUAUAUUUAUCCUAAUCCGGCGCAUUGUGAAAACGUUUUUACCGAUGGAAAAUGUCCUCGAAUGAAUGAAAAACCAGGAAAUCCGAGAUGUCCGGUGGCGUCAUUUCUGAAGUACUUGUCGAAGCUGAACCCGAUGAACUUGUACCUGUGGCAAAGGCCCAAAGCAUCCUUCAAACAUCAUGCUUGCGAAGAUGACCCCAUCUGGUAUGAAAAUGCCGCAGUUGGGCAUAAUUCCUUGGGGGAGAUGAUGACAAAUAUGUCCAAGCUUGCACGGUUAUCCAGGAUUUACACAAAUAAUUGUAUCAGAGGUACUUAUGUGGCAAUUCUCAACAGCUUGGUUGAAGACUACCCUCUCAUCACUACUUUAGUAUCCAUACCCAGCUCCCAGAGAUUUCAACAUAUUCUCCCAAGAGAUCCUUGUGAUGAACGCCCAACCAUGGUGCCUGUUACUGGAAAGUAUAUCUCAAGUUCAGAGGGGACAACAUCCCCAAGAACCACUGUAGGAACCCCACCAUUUAAUGCAGAGUCCAAUAGAGAACAGGCUCAACUCACAAAGAUUAUGGUUCCAGGCAAUCACUCUCAUCCUCAACACCACAGUGGCAAGACCAGAAGUUCUCCUCAGGAGAGUAAUGGGAUUGAUCAUAGUGAAAAGCAAAGAGAUAGAAGUCCAACCAGUCCAACAGAACCUGUUCUUGGCCUUCCAUACCAAUCCAGUCACAGAAGUCUCCAUAGUCCUUUUGUUGCUUACAGAUUUUCUCAGCUUCAUGCAGCUUCCCAAAAUAACCUGCGCAAUCCUCACCAGCCAUCACUUAAGACUUCUCUAAGUUUAUCUCAUGGAUCAGUAACCCGUGCUGGAAGUAACCACUCAGGGCUUGCAAAUUCAAGAGUUGUUUAUUGUCAAACUGUGCCAGCAAUGGCCUCAUCAUCAACAUUGUCAGUCACGGGGCAUCCCACCAGUGAUAGUAGUCCAAUGACUGGAAGUCCUCUGACCACUCACGUGCUGGACACAGCUAGAGGCUCACCAGCUAAGAACUUGCCGAUUCAGUUGUACUUUGAAGAAAUGCGUCCUGACAGUAGAAUGUGGAAACAUAUUGCCUCAGGGGUAACUAAUGCUGAUGGUAGAGUAGCCAACUUACUAAAUCAAGAACAGUUUAUACCUGGCAAAUACAUGAUCAGAUUUGAGACAGAGGCAUACUUCAAGGACAUUGGGGUUUCUUCAUUUUUCUAUCCAUAUGUAGAGAUCGUGUUUCUUGUCAGCGACCCAUCCCAGCAUUAUCAUGUUCCUCUUCUUCUCAGUCCAUUCUCUUACUCAACCUAUCGUGGGAGUUGAAACCUAGUGUGGGCUUGCCUCAAAGUGGAUAGACAGUAGAUGACUUUGUCAAAAAAAAUGACAAGCUUGUUCACAAUUCUAUAUUCUUGGUGUUGGCUGCUGUAAAUUUAGGGAUAGGUCUUACUUGGGUCAUUCAAGAUAGUUGCAGAUGUUAUCUUCCAAAUUUUUCUAGAACUGCAACAGAAGGCUUUUGGCAUGUUUGUUAAAUAAAGUGAUACUUAUAUUGUA